AUGUGUGUCCGACAACUACUUAACAAAGUUUCCAACAGUAACAUUACUAAAUCAUUCAUUAGUAGCCUCUCAGGGACAUUAGCAUCUGUCUUUUUUAAAAAGGCAUCAGAUAUAUCUAUUUUUAGAAAUAGUUCUGUUACAAUAAAUAUAAAAUGGAUUAUCGAAAUUAGCCUAAGAAUAAUUUACUUUUUUCUAUUUCUUAUUUUUAACAUGCUGAUGAUUAAAUAUUACAUCUUAUUAAUGAAUCAUUACUCAGCUUUUAUUGCAACUGUCCUGAAUUUUUUUUUAAGCUUUUUUUUAAGUGCUAUAAUGGGUACACUUUUUUUUAAUGAAAAAAGGAAUUACUAUUGGAUAUUAGGAGGAAUUCUUAUUAUUAUUGGUUUGAUACUCAUUAUGACCGAUACUGCAAAUGAAGAAAAGAAAAAAGGGUAA